UGAUAGGGAAAGACGAAAAUAGUGGGGCGAGCGAAACGGCCUACCGCUGAAUGUUUUGCCCUAUUGUUCAGGGAUGUCGUGAAAAUAUUGAAUUUCGACUGACUGCAAUUAGGUGAACGAAAUUCAAGCGGUGGCGAUGUGUUGUAUACUUAUCGAGAUGGGACAAGUGCUUUACGAUAAGCGCAGACUACGGUAAUAUCGGUUAAAACGUUGAGCACACCAACGGGCGAUUCUUUGUCAUGGACAUGCAAGCUUCUAAUGGCAUGGAUGUAUGUAUGAAUACAGUGUAUACUCCCAUCCCCGGGUUACCUGAACAACUAGGGAUGGUAUGGAUGGGGGUACAUGGAGAGACUGCCCAUGAACUUCUGCUGGAUCCUCGCCAAACUGAGAGUCCAUUCUUCUCGCAUAGUUCACAUCCGUAUGAAGACCUCAGAAAUCACAUUGCUUCUACUACCAUGGUACGUUAUAUACCGCAGCAAUUUUCAAAUGAAUGCUCAGAAUCUGACGAGGCGAUGGAAGGUGUAGAUGCCCAUGAAAUACAGCGAGAAUAUGAUUCGCAGGCUGAAAGGCCAGAAAUGAAUGAAUAUUUAACAUUAGAAGAUUACAUGGGUGAUGAAGAACGAGAACAAAUUGUGAGCAAUGCUGCAACUCAAACUACUCAAGACAAUCGCAAUCGAAAAAUAAAACCUAUAAAGCAUCCUGGUCUUGUUUUAAAAACGCCAAUUGCUUAUCAACCUCAUACUGAUCUAAAUUUUAUUCCUAUUCGUAAAGAUGGUAUAGCUGUUUGUGAAAAAUGUGGUGCUAUUGGAGUAAAACAUGCCUUUUAUACGAAGGAGCGUAGAUUUUGCAGUAGAGCAUGUGCCCGAUCUUUAGAAAAUGCGGCGCCUACUGCUGACUCAACGUAUAGUCCGUCUCAUUCGGUGGAUCAAUCAGUAUCUAUAAAUCAAACGUCUCCUAGUGAAAUAAAACAACCGAGUGACAUGAUUGUGAAGGAAGAAGUAGAUAUCAAGGAAUCUAUGGAAUUGGAUAAAGACAAAGUUAAAUUAGAACCCGUGUUGCCAGAGGAUUUACCAGUUAGAAGAAAGAGAACAGCGGAAAUGGCUAACUCCUAUGAUUGGACAUCCCAGCUUGUUGAGCCUGGAUUUUGUGCUGCACCAGUUUCUUGUUUCAAACAUGUUAGUUUUCAUAACAUGAUACUGGCUCCUAUAUCAGAAAUAUGGGAUAAUAUUACAGUGGGUAUGAAAGUAGAAGUAGAAAAUACCGAUUGUGAUGAAGUAUGCGAGGCUUUCCCAGAUUCGUUUUGGGUCGCGACUGUAGUGCGUAUUUGCGGAUAUAAAGCUUUGUUAAGGUAUGAAGGUUUUGGACACAACGCAGACAAAGAUUUUUGGGUAUCGCUUUGUUCUAAUGACAUACAUCCUGUUGGUUGGUGUGCCACAAUUGGAAAACCUCUUAUUCCACCUAACACAAUUGCAAACAAGUACAAAGAUUGGAAGGAUUUUUUAAUGAGGCGAUUAACAGGUGCAAGAACAUUACCGACAAAUUUUUACAGUAAAGUAAAUGAUAGUAUGAAAUCUCGCUUUCGAUGUGGGCUUCAUCUGGAAGUAGUAGAUAAAAAUAGAAUCUCGCAAGUAAAAGUGGCAACAAUACAAAAAAUUGUUGGCAAACGUUUGCACGUGAGAUAUUACGAUUCUUCUCCGGAAGAUAACGGAUUCUGGUGUCACGAAGAUUCACCUCUUAUACAUCCUGUCGGUUGGGCCAAAAGAGUGGGACAGGCGUUGGAUGCAUAUCCCGAAUACUUGGAUCGAGUUUCUAAAUCAAAAUUAUCUGAAGAUGACGCAACGGAGAAUCUUUUUCAUGUGCCAAAGAAUCAUCACAUGCAUCUUGGAUACACAUUUAGGGAAGGAAUGAAAAUGGAAGCCAUCGAUCCGCUCAAUCUUUCAGCUAUAUGCGCUGCGACAGUUAUGCAAGUUUUGAAAGAGGACUACAUUAUGAUACGCAUUGACAGUUAUGACGAAGACGCGACUGGUGCUGAUUGGUUUUGCUAUCACUCGUGUUCGCCCUGUAUUUUUCCAGUCGGAUUCUGUUCUCAGCAUGGCUUACCAUUAACGCCACCAAAAGGCUAUGAUCCUACUACAUUUACAUGGGAUGCAUAUCUAACGGAGACCAAUACUAUACCAGCUUCUAUACAGUUAUUUAAUCGGGACAUUCCUCAACAUGGAUUUAUUGAGGGGAUGAGACUCGAAGCUGCUGAUUUAAUGGAUCCUAGAUUAGUUUGUGUUGCUACUAUCACUAGGGUGAUUGGCAGGUUACUACGAGUGCAUUUUGACGGUUGGGAAGACGAAUACGAUCAAUGGUUAGAUUGUCAAAGUCCAGACAUUUACCCCGUUGGGUAUUGUGAUCUUGUCGAUCACAAAUUAGAAGGUCCACGUGCACUCAUUAAAAACACUAGUCCUACUGUAAAAUCACCAAGAGGCCUUAAACGUAAAGCUAAGAGAAAAAUGAAGAAGGGUAGCAAGAUGUCUUGCUCCAAAAAUAUACUACCUCGUCAGAGCGAACGUAUUAGUAUGGCUCGCGAACGCGAACGAGAAUUGGAACCUGCUCAAGGUACGAAAAUUGAGAGAGAGCGUGACUUGGAAAGCUUACCGGAACAGAGGAAUAGAGAGCCAGAACCAGCGGAAGAGCCAGUUGGACCUGACCAAACCUUGCCUAGUCCUACCACUGGACAAGGUCAAGCGUUGAACGACACACAAAGUGAAGUACAGAACCCUCCACCUAAGGAAAGAACUGCUACAUCAUAUAUUAAUGUUACUUCAGCAAAUAGUAAAUACAUACCAAGGCUAGCAGAUGGUGUGCAAAAAAGUUCGGAAUCUGGUGAUUUAGUGCCAUCUGAGUGGAAUGUCUUUGACGUUGCACAAUUUCUUCGUGUUAAUGACUGUGCGACAUACUGCGAUAAUUUCAGUAAACGUAAAAUAGAUGGAAAGACAUUGCUAACUCUCACUAAGGACCAAAUAAUAGACCUAACGGGUUUCAAAGUUGGACCGUCUUUAAAGAUAUAUGAUUUAAUUCAGCAGUUAAAAAUCAAAGUGAAUCCAGCUCAGGAAAGAUUGAAAUUAGGAUUGAAAAAAAUAUCAUAACAAAACUAGUGCAUAAUUAGCGCUAUAAAUAAGUUCCAGCAUUACACAAAUUAGACAUGGAUUUACAGGUAAGGCAUAUGAAUUAAUAAUGAACAUCACCAAUAUUAUUUGCUUAUGUCGUUUGUUUCAUAUUUCAUUAAUAUAUCGAAAAAUGUUUAUAUGUAGAUUUUUUAUAUUAUAUAUGCGUAAAAUUUAGAUGAUUUAUUAUGGGUUAAAGAAGAUUAUUCCAUUCUGGAAAGCAACUUAAAGGUGCGAUUUAAGUGUUUAAGCUUUUUUAUACUACAGAUCAAUUAAAAAUAAAAUUAAGUUCAAAUAAAAGGAGCUAAAACAGCCAAAACAAGUUAAGGGGACUAGACAGUCAAAUCGCUUAAAAAUAAAGAUUUUUUUGUGAGUCAGUUGCAAAGAAAUGAAAGCAAACCCAGAUUUACCCUUUUACCUAAUGUUUAUUGCUAUUAUACAGAUUGAAAAAAAUUGGUAUUAGAUAUAUAUAUAU